AUGAUCGUCAAGUUCCACCAACAGCACAAGAUGGCCACGGCUAUCGUUGACCGGCUGCCCCUGGGGCUGCUGCUCAUCGACUCGCAGACUCUCAAGAAAACUUUGAUCCCAGCACCGGUCGAGUGUCUCAAGCAAAUCCACAAAGCCUUGCCAGUGAUAGCAAAACGCGCCAUGGAUGAGAUCCUUCAGACAUUACAAGAUGGGGCGGUUAAACUCCAUCACCAGCCGGUCACCACCAUCGAAUACGUCAACUACCUGCAGUUUUUGGACGACUUUCAGACACAGAUUGAUAACGUGGAGCUCGAGUCUAUCAUAGUAAAAGACCUGUAUUCUCUGAUUGAUGACUUCAACGUUGGCAAGGCGCCAGAGGAUGCCAUCGUUUAUUCGACAAUGGACCCAAUCAUCUAUAACUCUAAGAACAUGAUUGACCGAGCUCUGUCCGGCAGAGACACCAUUGUUGAAAAGUUCAACAAGUGCGCCGAGAAGGAUGCGCAAGAGUAUCUCGCAGAGGCCAAGGUCAUGGUCGAGAAGAUGCAGGACCCCAUGCUACUGGACCCUAAGGCCGUGAGGACAGAGGUCAGGGAAUAUCUGGACCAGCUGCUGGAGCAGAUGUCCACGGUCCAGCAGAAGGCCAGAGGUCUGAGAGAGCGACAGAAGCAGCUCAAGGUCGAGGUGACCAAGCUCGACUACCUGGACGAUGCCCAGAACGAGCUGAGGCUGAGGGACGUCAUGUGGUCAUCUAUUGAUGAGUGGGAUGAAAUUGUUGACCGAUGGACUGAGACCCCCUUCAUGACGCUGGAGCCCGAGGAAGUGACGGCCACGACCAUGAAGUUCAUGAAAACCGUGCAGACCCUGGAGAAAGGGUUGCCGCCCAACCAGGUGGUCACCAUGCUCAAGAAGAAGGUCGAGGUCAUGAAAAACAGGGUGAGUCACGUCUGCUACUGCGGUGGUGGUGGUGGGGGGGAAUUUUUAAGUGUUAAAUAG